UGCGUGCUUAAAGGUUUUGGGGUAUAUAUACAAGUGGUUGCAAACAGGAAUCAAUGAAUCAUCCAUGUUUCAUGAAAGGGAUUGAAGCUGACUUGGGCAUAGCUUGCCAGGGUUCUUGGAAAAGAUUCAUGGAAUUUGGGGUGGGUACAUUCCAACUAUUGUUCUUUUUAGCUACUUCAUGCAUGUUCUCAUGCUUAAAGUCUACAUAUCUUGUGAUUUCAACUCGUGUGUUAACAAUGAUCAGUGAUGGGGGGAGACUGUUUCUUUACUUCUUAUUUCAAUGAUGAACGGAGGACCAAAGCUGAUGAAUAGCUAAAUUUUGGCAAAGUUGCACUCAAAGUUUCAUUUGAAUUUUCUCUACAUUGCAAGAUCUGAUUCUUUCUACUGAUGUCAAAAAAAUCAAUUAACCAAUUGCUGAGAGAAGUUGUUAUAUUUUCACUUUUCAAGAAAAUGGGCAAUUAACUGAGCAGCUGGCCUUACUUAAUUCUGCAGCAAUUUCAGGUGAUAUGCCAUAUAUUAGUGCUGAAGUGAGUUUGACACAGACAGGAAAAGGCUAUGAGAGGUACACAUGCCUAGCCUAUCUGAAAUUAAAAUUUUCUAAUUUAGUCCAAUUUUAAUUGGAAGCUGAAAUCUAAACCUAAAUUUGUGGAUUUAUAUUGUUGUCCCUAUCUUCAUCAUGCCUUUGAUCUUCCAAGUGUCUGGGCUUUGUCAAUAAGCUAUUCAUCCAAUA